AACCCACGGGACCAGCACACUGUGGCUGGAGGCAGCAAUGGCCGAAGAGAGGGUCGGGAGGCAGGCUGGAGCCCCCUGGAGGGGGAGAGGGAUAUGCCCUGCCCUGCUGGCCUCACAGUCAACUCCAGCAACAGGCUCAUUCAUCUCCCCACUCCACUUUUGGGAACAUCUGUAUGAUUUUCUCAAGUCUCCUGGCAGUUCAUCCCCAGCAGAGUGACAUUCAGAAGUUGAGCCUGUCAAUCAUCCUUCGAUGCUGAGAGUCAGACUGCAAGCGAGAUGAAAGGACACGGAGGAUUGAACCAGCUGGGCGGGGCCUUUGUGAAUGGCCGGCCCCUGCCAGAGGUGGUGAGGCAGCGCAUUGUAGACCUGGCACACCAGGGCGUGAGGCCCUGCGACAUCUCCCGACAGCUGCGGGUCAGUCACGGUUGUGUCAGCAAAAUCCUUGGCAGUAGGUACUACGAGACGGGCAGUAUACGGCCAGGGGUGAUCGGGGGCUCCAAGCCCAAGGUGGCAACCCCCAAGGUGGUGGAGAAGAUUGGAGAUUAUAAGCGGCAGAACCCCACCAUGUUUGCUUGGGAAAUCCGGGACCGGCUGUUGGCAGAGGGCGUCUGCGACAACGACACUGUUCCCAGUGUCAGCUCCAUCAACAGGAUCAUUCGCACAAAAGUUCAGCAGCCAUUUAACCUCCCGAUGGAGAACUGCAUGGUGCCCAAAACAUUGAGCCCUGGCCAUAACCUCAUCCCCAGCUCAGCUGUGACUCCUCCUGAGUCACCCCAGUCAGACUCUCUGGGCUCCUCCACCUACUCCAUCAACGGCCUUCUAGGGAUCGGCUCCCCCAGCAGCGACCACAAGAGAAAAAUCCAGGACACAGGUGACCAGGAGAGCUGCCAGCUCAGCACAGACUCUCAAGGCAGCAGCACCCACCACAAGCACCUGCGCAGCGAGGCAUAUGGGCAGCACCUCCUGGAGUGCCCUUUCGAGAGACAGCACUUCCCAGAGGCGUACGCUUCCCCCAGCCAUGCCAAGGGAGAACAGGCAGGUAUCUAUGCUGUGCCCCUGCUCAACACAUCCAUGGACGACGGGAAAUCUAUGCUCACGCCUUCUAACCCAUCGCUGAGUCGUAACCUGGCAGCCCAUCAGACAUACUCUGCUGUUACAGGGCGUGAAGUAGUGGGCUCUACCCUUCCAGGCUACCCUCCCCACAUCCCAACUGGCGGGCAGGGAAGCUAUAGCUCAUCUGCAAUUGCUGGCAUGGUGGCAGCAGGGAGUGAUUAUUCUGGCGGCGCCUACAGCCACGGCCCUUACACCAGCUAUGGAGAGCCCUGGCGAUUCCCCAACUCUGGACUGCUGGGUUCCCCCUAUUACUACAGCUCAUCUUCACGGGGCCCUGUACCUCCCAACACCACCUACGACCACCUGUAGAUGAUGCAGUCCCUCUGGGAGCCAGGCCAGCUCUCCUGGGCCACUCUGUUUACAGCCCAGCGGCAACAAAGAGGGAGGUGGACUGGUUCAAUCUGCAGAGUGCCCCAGUGGGCAAUGGAAUCCACACAAGCAGUUGCAGCAAUUGCAAGCAUGCAAGGCCAUCCUGCUACCCAUGAAGCUGGGAAGGAUGGAGGAGCAGGUGGCAUUGAUGUGCUUGCGUCCCCGGACUCUAAAAGUGAGGACAGUCUAAACACCUUGAAAUCGAGGAACUCAAACCAAUGAAAUCAAGUGAUGCUUUAUGAAG